AUGGACCAGCUGCUUGGGGUUCCAGCGCCCGGACCCUGGCUUCGAUCCCGACCCGCCCGGGCCUCUGGGAACAGCCCGUUCCGGCUUCGCCCCGGCCCCGCCCGCUGCGUGCGCGCCGCGGCCCCGCCCAGACGUGCGCAUGCACCCUCCAGACCGACCCCUUUCAAGUCCACUACCCUUGUCCCCAAACCCGAGCCCCUCCGUGCCCUCGGCCCCUCCCAGCCGUCGGAGCGUGUGCCUCGGCCCGCAGCCUCCGCCACGUUCCACCGCAUCCCUCCGCAACGUUCCAUCCAGGCCCGCGUUCCAUCCGUGGAACGUAGUGUAUCCCCUUCAGCCCCUGGUGCCUCGGCCUUCCUAGCCGCCCCCCACCGCGCCAAGGCCUGGGCCCCCACCGCGGCUCGGGCGGGAGCGCGCAGCGGCGAGAAGCGGGGCCCGCGCCGAGGCCCAGGCCGGCGCGCUCCCGGCCCGUCGGAGCCAGGCAGAGCGCGCGCGCGCGCUCCCCAGGGCGGCCUGCCCCCCCCCCUCCAGCCCCCGCCCGCGUCGGCUCCGGGCUCGCGCCGCCGCCGCCGCCGCCGCUGCCAGCGAGCGAUCGGCGGCCGUGCGGGGCCGGGGCCGCGGAGCAGCCGGGCGGGAGGAGCGGGCUGUGAAAAGCGAGCGCGGCGGGCGGGCGGGCGCGGGAGGGAGGCCCAGGCCCAGGCCGCCGCUUCCCUGGGCCUGAGCCGGGGCCGGGCCGGGGCAGCCGUCGCCCAGGGCGGGCCGAAGCCGGGCGGGGAGCGGGGCGCGGGGCGCGGGACGCGGAGCAGCCGCUCCGGCCGCAGCCCCGGCAGCCCCAGCAGCCGCAGCCCCAGCAGCAGCCUCGGCGGCGGCGGCGGCGGCGCGCGAGCGGCUCCCGUGUCUCCUCCGUCCCCUCCUGCCGCGCGGCGUGAGCUGCGGGCUCGGGGCCCCCCCGGCCCCCCCCCCCCCCCCCUGGACAUGCUGGACCCGGGUCUGGACCCCGCUGCCUCGGCCACCGCUGCUGCCGCCGCCGCCGCCGCCGCCGCCAGCCACGAGAAGGGACCCGAAGCGGAGGAGGGCGUCGAGCUCCAGGACACCGGGGAAGGGCCCGGGGCCGAGGAGCAGACCGCGGUGGCCAUCGCCAGCGUCCAGCAGGCGGCGUUCGGGGAGCACAACAUCCAGUACCAGUUCCGCACAGAGAAUAAUGGAGGACAGGUAACAUACAGAGUGGUCCAGGUGACGGACGGCCAGCUGGAUGGCCAGGGAGACACCACGGGCGCUGUCAGCGUGGUGUCCACAGCCGCCUUCACCGGGGGGCAGCAGGCAGUGGCUCAGGCCGUGAUCCAGAACCCUUUCAGCAAUGGGGGCAGCCCUGCGGCAGAGGCGGUCAGUGGGGAGGCCCGCUUUGCCUACUUUCCAGCAUCCAGUGUAGGGGAUGCCACGGCUGUGUCCGUGCAGACCACGGACCAGAGCCUUCAGGCAGGAGGCCAGUUCUACGUGAUGAUGACGCCUCAGGAUGUGCUGCAGACGGGAACGCAGAGGACGAUUGCUCCUCGGACCCACCCGUAUUCUCCGAAAAUGGAUGGGACGAGAACCCCCCGAGAUGAGAGGAGGAGAGCCCAGCACAAUGAAGUGGAGAGGAGGCGGAGGGACAAGAUAAAUAACUGGAUCGUUCAGCUCUCCAAGAUCAUUCCAGACUGUAACACAGACAACAGCAAGACGGGAGCGAGCAAGGGAGGGAUCCUGUCCAAAGCCUGUGACUAUAUCCGCGAGCUCCGUCAGACUAACCAGCGGAUGCAGGAAACUUUCAAGGAAGCCGAGAGGCUACAGAUGGACAAUGAGCUCCUGAGGCAGCAGAUAGAGGAGCUGAAGAAUGAGAACGCAUUGCUCCGCGCCCAGCUGCAGCAACACGGCCUGGAGAUCGUCGGGGAGACGUCCCGGCAGUGAUGCCCUUCCCCGCCCCUUUCCCCCCCGGUUUUCGGGGACGGGGUUCUGGCCCCCAACCCUUAGCACAGAGAGGGAGACGGUCUUCCCCCUCCCCCAGCUGCAUUUUUUAUAGUAGAUUUUUAACAAAAAUGGGGAGAAAAAAGCAUUUCCAUGAAUACAGCACCCCCACCCCCACAACAAAAACAAGCCCACCGACAUGCCCACCUUUUCCCAUCUCUGUCUGUUUUCUCUGACUCACUCUCUUUUCCUCUCCUCUCCCCUGAUGCCUUCACUUUGAUUCAGUCAUGCCACCUAAUGGCUCCUGCUGGGCUUCCCUUUCCUGCCUUCGCCUUGGUAGAGGGGGGCAGGACACAAGGAGAGAGAUCCCUUAUUCGUCCCCUGGACCCUGUCCUGCUUCCCUCUCUCUCUCUUUCCCUGGAGGUACAGAGACAGAACUGCUAAGAAGAGGGGAUGCCUUUGGGGGGGGCCACCCCAUGGCUAGGGGCUCUUUGGACUCGUGCUCCGGCCUUCCCACCUCCCCAGCUCACUUCCCGACACCCUUACCCCUUCUUUGGGUGUGUGUGUGUGUUUUAAUUUCUUUAUGAAAAAAAAAAAAAAGACCAAAAAAAAAAAAGAGAAGAGAAAGGUAUUUAAACUGCAAUAAACUGGCCUGUGCGGCCCCCGCCUCA